GUUGAAAUAAAAAAAUAAAUUCAAAUAUAUUUCAAUAACAGUAUUGGAAAUUGAUUAAUAAUUAGAAUAAGCCUUUCUGUUGAAUGCUACCAAAAAACCUGAAUCUGAUUUGAUUAUCAUAUUUUAUCCCCUCUUUUGAAACAUUACAAUUACGGAAGUUGAAAAAUAGAUUAGAAGUAAAAAAUGGAAAAGAAAAUAAUUCCAUCAAUUAUUUUAAGACAUUGUAAAUGUGGGAUUGGCUUAGAAAUAUUUAAGGGUGGGAGUUUGCGAUGAGAUGAAAACUGGUAGGGGUUGUUGAAUGAGUACUGAGACGCUCAACAUCGCGACGCACUCCGUCGUCGUCACCCUCAUGAACAACUGAAAUUAUUUUACAAUAUUAAAAAAGUAGAAAAAAGGGACACAGAAAGUAACUUUUUUACUUCUUCCCUUGUUAUUUAUUUCUUCGCGCUCAAAAAAUUAAACGCCAAAGAUUCUUCUUCUUCUUCUUCUUCUUCUUCUUCUUCUUCUUCUUCUUCUGUUCCCCAAAAGUAAUAAGUUGGAAAGAAGAAAGCUGAAGAAAACUGAAAAAAUAUAAUGUCGAGACUACGAGAAAAUACGAAAUUCAUCAAGCUCUAUCUUUUUGGAAUAAAUAUUUUUUUCCUGGCGGAAGCGGCGCCAAGUUUAAGUCAUCAAAAAUCAUUAAGCGACGAUUUCAAUCCAAUUAUUUCACUUCUUUGUUCUACAAAUGAACCCUGUUGGAAUUCUCUCGCAGAUUCGUCAUACAUUUUCGAGCAGGCGGGAAUGCAAGAACCGAGAACGCAAAUGAUUCGCGGAAUAAAUUCCCCAUCAUGGAAUGGAACACCGGAAAAAUUGGAUUUCGCGCAAAGGAAUGCGCGAAUAGCACAAUCCGUGCUACCAACAACGUUUUCGAACCGAAUUGCCAAGAAGGACGUUUUCAUGUCACGUGGAUGGGGAGCUGGUGGACUUCCAUUUUCCGUUCUCUACAUGAAUGCCCACAAUUCACGCAAUAAUCAUCCCACGAAUAUAAAUUCAGUCGAUUCGUCAUCAUUGGCAUUAAAAUCACCAACACAAAUGCAAAGUAACGCAGAAAAUCUCCCUGCAGUGGGAAAGAAUAUUCUGCAAAAUUAUCGCGUCGCACUACGCAAUAAGCCAUCGAAUCAAACGCGUCGACAGUACUCAAUUAUUCCGCAAUUAUUCAUUUCUUACGGUUGGGGACCACACGAAAAUUAACUCAACUUUUUUUUUAUCUUUUAAGAGAAUUAUUAUUCUCUUUCUAAAAAAUUUAAAAGAGAAACAAAGGGAUGAAGUUCAGAAAAUUGAUACUAAAAGAAGGAUAAAAUUUCACAAAAGGCGUAGAUAAUUUUUGCUCAAAUCACAUUUGCAAAUAAUUCAAUUUCUGUCACUAAAGUAUUUAAAUUACUUUUAAAUUUAAAAGUAAGCAAUUUUUUUAGUAAAAAAAGAGUCAUCAAAUUUUGAGAAAGAAAAAUAAAGAAACGAUAAAGUGUAAGAAACUUGGAACUUUAGAAUGAUAUGAUAGUGAAAGAGAGAAGAAGAGAGAAAACAAAGAUGGGUCAAGUUCACAACGUCAAGUUCAUCAACGUGUUCGGAAGAAGAAAAUAGUUUUUCCGUAAAAAACUUUUUUUGUUUACAAAUUGAACGUUGUGAAUUGUACCAAGGUGAAAAUAAUGGAUGUAAAAAGGCCACAAUUUUUGCAUCGGCAACGAUCUCAUUAAUUUUAAUUCAUUUUUUAAGUAUAUCUUUUAAAACGAUAAAAUCAUUGUUAUAAUUUAUAUAAUCAUGUGCAAUAAAAUUUUAUUUUCUA